UGCAGCAUUUGGGCUCGUUCUCAUUUGCUGUAGCUGAAGACUUUGCCACUAUGCUAUGAUUGCAGUACUUUCCAUCCCAUUAUAGCAUGAAAAUAUGGAAGGAGGUAACAGUUGUUCCUGAUUGUAUUGUGCCCAGUACUAGUUUGUGUAUGGCGUACAUUCCUGCCAGGUGUUUCUCCAUUUUCUUUCAGUGAGUUAAACGUGAUUUUUAGGUAUUGGAGGAACAUUAUCACUGUAAGCAGCAGGCAGUAGCCUCCAGCUCUGCUGUACUGAGCCAGCUGUUCACAGGCAGAUGCUGCUCAGUACACACUGCCACAAUCAACUCAGUUCUUCAGUCGGUAGCAAGGAAAUUUGCUCAAGGGUUGCUUAUACAGAGGGGUGUCUUUGGAGGGAUUUGAUGGCAGAACAAAGCAGCGCUGCUUCAGUUUUCUGUGCAGAGCUGGCAGUACCCGCAGACAGAAGCCCUGCUCUGUUCCUUUCCUGGCAGCAUUCUCAUGUCUCUGGGAAUAGGAAGUGAGUGAACUGGAACAGUUCUGCUAAAGGCCCAACUACUGUUACAGAGUGGACCCCCUGCUAAAGGGAAUGUUCAGUGAUAUUUAUACUGCGGGUAGAUAAGGCUGUCUCGUGUGCAGGCAGGUGCAUUGGUCGUUACACUGGGCUGCAGACACUCUUUGGGCUGAUAUUGUGAAGCUAAGAAAGCACAAGUUUCUGUGCUGGGACAAGUAGACUUGGAAGACCUUGGUUGCUUCAAAAUUUGGAGGAUGAUUUAUUGCUUUUUGCUUUUUAUAUGCAGUGUUGAGCCAGUAUUCUUCCACCACGUGAAAAGGUUCUGUCUCAGGUAGGACUAAGUGACUUGAAAAUCUCUCAAGGGGAGACUCAGGCUUUUAUGUAACAAACUUAGUUUAUAGUCUGCUAAAUAUUUUUUAUCUUCAGUAUGAAUAAAUGGGGAAUGAGCCUCUCCUUAUGAGUGGUGUGGAUGAAGUGAUUCCCACACGUAUGGUUUGUAAGGCAAUCUGAGACAUGUGGCUUCAUUAAUACGAAGUGCAGGUGUGUUGAAAUGGCAGCUGGCCCUUUUACAUCUCUGCUGUGCUGAUUUGUCGCUUCCACAAUUAACUGUGAGAUCUGUUGCAAGUUACACAGGUAAGCAAAAACUGCAGGCAUAAUGCAUUGCUCACAUUUACCUGGAGCGGUGAGAUUUGUUUUGAUGAUGAUUCCUAGUUAUACUAAUAAAUACUCUCCUGUGAGUGUUCUGUACAGUCACCCCGUUCUGAUGGAAUUCCUCACUCCAGUGACUCCUAUCAAGUCUUCUGUGAGAAUGACAGAGAUACUGUAAUUGUUUGUGCUGCUGUCGAGGAUAUAAUUAACAAGGUUUGACUGGAGCUGUUGUCAGAAUUAGCAUAUUUUUCACACGAAACUCUCUGUUAACAGGGUUAAAAUUCAUAUUUCAGAUGAAUUCGCAAUUUGAUCGGGUUAAUGUAAUAUUUAAUAAGCAACCACUCGCCUUACUAGAACUGUGUUGAAUAAUUCCUUGUAGCCUACAAGGGCUUCCUCAUAGAAGAACAGUUCUCAAACAAGAGCAAGUUUUGUUUUUGCAGGGUGAUGACAUGAGAUGCAUCACUAGAAGCACACACAGCAAUGCCCUGUUGGCUCCUUCCUUCCUUCCUGGCAUAAAUGGAAAGGCGUGCAACCACCAAACCUAUCUAAUUUUAAAAUGGUAUUUGAGGUUAGCAGGAGAUGAUGCAUGCUUGGCCGAAGUAAAACCGAAACAAUAGAAUUCAGGAAACAAUACAAGUUCUGAGCUGGAGAAGCUGACAUUUGAAUACAAAGCAAGCAGUGUGAUGAGGUGCAGGCUGAGAGCUACUGCCUGCUCUAUUUUUACCUACGUGGUUGAAGACGUGGUGAAAAGCUGGGCUGUUUGCUCACAGCAACAAGUAGCAAAGCAGGGUCUGAUUGCUGGCCUGCUCACGCUGGGAAAGGUGAAGGGGGUGGGGUGCAUAACAGUGAAAAUAGCUGAAUUUACCCAUUUCUCAGAGGUUUUAGGGAGGCAUUGAUUUUUGUCAUCAGAAGUUGUUUCUAAAUGGGGUCUCAGCUGAAUUUGCUUUUGACAUUGAAGUCUUGGCAACGCGCUGCUGUGGAAAGUAGGCAAAAUGUGUUACACAAGGGAUGUGCCUUUGUAUUAAUAGGGUGAGAGAAUAUGCCAUAGAUACAGAUGAAUGAACCACUGAUUUGGCAGCUCUGAUGCCCUGAAAGGGCCAUAGGAAGGGAGCAGCCUGCCAGCUGGCAAGGUGAGCUCCUGUUCAGGAACAUACAGCAGCAAGUGUGCAUGCAAAGUGUAAUGAGAGCGUGUACUGAAAUGGGCCCUGCUUAGGUUUGUAUUUCUGUGCUGGGGGGGAUGUGGAACAAGACCUGUGUACUUCAGCAAGAGACGUGCUUUCUUACCCAGGCUCUGUGAUUAACAAACACGAUGAAGUUUGCGCUGCAGGACCAGUUUUUAAUUGGUUACCUCACUCUGUGCUUAAUUCCCUCAAAUUAGAUGCACUUGUUAACUCACUAGGCCAGAAUGUCAGCUCAGACCUUUGAAACAGAGAGAGGCAAUCCCUGCUGGAUUUUAUUUUGUCUUUUUUGAGGUGACUGGCUUGCUGGCUGUAUUACAUAUCCACAACCUCCUUUCUGUUCUUUAUGCUUUAGAGACUGCAAAAGAUGCCCCUUUAUCACUGGGAAGUGAAAAAAUAAAUACCCUGGCAAAGGGUCAGGCUGUGCCUCUGGAAGUUAUUUCCCUCUUUUUCAGCUGCGUACACAAACUGCCAUUUUCUGACAGUGUAUAAAAUAGCUGAAAAUCCUGGGAUGCUUCUCAUAGUGUGCUUUUAUUUUUUCCUCCACCCCUUGGCUCCCCGUACCACUGCAGGUUCCUGCAGGGCUGGAGUCUCCAGUUCAGUAGGUAACGCUGCCAUCUGGUGGGGUCCUUCUGCACAGCACCCUGCCUUGCCAAGGGGACGAGGGGCAUCAGCCCUGAGACUUGGAGGGCUCUCACCCUCCUCUGAUGGCCACCUGAGAAAUAAUAUUGAGAGGUGUGUCAAUACCAAAGCAAAUAUCAAUAGGGUGUGUGCUUUUAAGUGGUAUGAGAAACCUGCUUGUCACCUCUUAGCCCCAGUGCUGCAGUGGCAGUCUUCCCAUGGUGAGACUGUUUGGGGGAAGGGCUCCUGGCUGUGAUAAUGUCACAUGGUGCCUGUGUCCAUUUCAAGCUGCUGCUUGAAGGAUGAAAUGACAACACGUAUUUAAUGUUUCCUAUACACUCACCAGGCGGCUGGGCACUCACCCAUCCACCUGGAUGGCUGUUUAGCUUGGGCUUUGGCUCCCACCGUUGUGGAUCCAUCAUCCGCUAUGGCAAGGGCUGCCAGCAGGCUGAAAGAGACGGGGCUGGGAGCCUGCUUUCCCCUCAGAGUCUCACCAACAGGACCAGGGGGCGGAGGGCUGCCCGGAUGAUGAAGGAUGAGGCUGACCCUGGGCCCACAACUGCUGCUGAUGAGGUGCAGGCCGCAGGGGGCUGCGGUGGGGUGAAGCACGUCAACCUGCGUUGUGGUGACCCUCGAGAGGAAAAGGCUGAUGCCUUUGACUUUCCCUUCCCUUCAAGAAACGUUGAAAAAGUAAUUAAACGAAAGAAAAAGUCCAAAGUCUGGCUUAAAGUCUGGAAAGUAAUUUCAAAAAUGCUCGAAGAAAAUGAAAAGUUCAGACAUCGGCUGUUGACUUGCAGUCAGCUCAAUGGAGAAGGCAAUGAUGUGAACCGGAGUUCACAGAAGGAGACACUCCCCCUGGACAGGGGAGAAGCUGUGUGGGAAGAGUGGGCACAACAGCUUGAGGAAGGAGAAACGCUUGUGAGGAAUGUAGCAAGAAAAUAAAGGAAGAUUCAGACCAAAAGGAAUAUAAAACUAGCAAAAUUGUUAUUCUCUAGAUCUUACUAAAAUUAGUGAGAAGACUACAAAUGAUUUGGAUGAACACUGUUUCUCCGCUGUUUGUUUGGCAUAUAUGUUUCUGCUGUUAAAUAGGUUUGUUUCUAGAGUGGCUUAAAUAGCUUGUUGCAAGAUAUUUGAAGUCAUUAAGUCUAAUAUUUCACUUAGUUAUUAGUUUUUGAAAGCUUUUUUAGUGAGCACUGUGACAGUUUGCUUGUAAAAGAAUAAAGGUGCACAUUUAGUGUUGAUGUCUA